CCUCGGCCCCUCCCCUUCCUCCUCCGCCUGCCUCGGCGCCUGUCAGGAGCGUCUCGCCGAUCUCGGCCGGCCUCGUCGGGCCUCCUCCUCCUCCUUCCUUCCUUCCGUCGCUCGCUCGCUCGCUCGCUCUUUCCCCGCCCUUUUGUCGCACGAGUGGGGGGGCGACCGGAGGGGGCUCGCCGGGUGCGCGAGGGAGGGGAGAGCGAGCGGCGUCGCCAUGGGAACCCGCGACGACGAGUACGACUAUCUCUUCAAAGUUGUGCUGAUUGGAGACUCCGGAGUGGGGAAGAGUAAUCUCCUGUCCCGCUUCACACGCAACGAGUUCAACCUGGAGAGCAAAAGCACGAUUGGUGUGGAGUUUGCCACCAGGAGCAUCCAGGUGGAUGGGAAGACUAUCAAGGCACAGAUCUGGGACACGGCUGGCCAGGAGCGAUACCGUGCCAUCACCUCAGCCUAUUACCGUGGUGCUGUCGGGGCACUCCUGGUUUAUGACAUUGCGAAACACCUGACCUAUGAGAAUGUGGAGCGCUGGCUGAAGGAACUCCGGGAUCACGCAGAUAACAACAUCGUCAUUAUGCUGGUGGGCAACAAGAGCGAUUUGCGUCACCUGAGGGCUGUACCUACGGAUGAGGCCCGCGCUUUUGCAGAAAAAAACAACCUGUCGUUCAUUGAAACAUCAGCACUCGACUCAACAAAUGUAGAAGAAGCCUUCAAGAACAUCCUUACUGAGAUCUACCGCAUUGUGUCACAGAAGCAGAUUGCGGACCGGUCUGCCCACGACGAGUCUCCCGGCAACAACGUGGUGGACAUCAGCGUGCCCCCCACCACCGACGGACAGAAAUCCAACAAACUCCAGUGUUGCCAGAACCUGUGACCUCCCCGGGGCUGCCACCUGCCUCUCACGUUGCCUCUGCUCCAGACGGAAAACUCACACGCACCUUCUCCUCGCAGCAUCUCUGCUCUCCCUUCAGUGACUUUCACAGCCCUGCUCCUUCCCUUCCACCUUAAAAUAUCACCCUUAGAGCUUACAUUCCCUUGCUUCCGAAUCCUCUCGAAUGUGAUUAUUUUGGGGUUUGAAAUACAAGCAUUUAGCCGACAGAUGGGUGUCCUUGCGCGUGUAUGAGGGAACAUCUCCUGGAUGCUAAUUGCCCUGAGACCCUUGUUGACUUGUGUGUUCAUUUGGGAGAGUGGGAAGGAUGCAGGGGUGUGGGUAUUAUUAUUUUUUGUUCUAACAGAAGAUGUGACUGCCCUUGAGGGGCCCAGGAGAAGAGUUGCUCUUGUCUCUUUUGUCUGCUGGGGCAUGGCCUGGCCGGAGACAUUUUAAAUUAAAACAAAAGCCCUCUUUGGGCUUGUGGGAAACGCAGUUGGCGGUGAUCCUUGUGCGUGUGCACCCACUGUAAAUCGGUUGAAGACACCCCUCCUUUCUUGUGUUACUUGGCCUUUGUCCUUUCACUUUCCCUCCCCUCUCAUGCAGAAGUUGGUCUGGCUGUGUAGAUUUUGCGGCUGCAUUUGCCUGAAAGUCUUCAUUUUCAUUUUAAUUGUUUUUUCCAAUUUAGCUUGGGAACAAUGAAGUGUGUCUGGGUGCUGCAUCCCCCCCCCACCCCGCUUUCCCCCAAGCCGCCAGCACACCUCUGUGCAGGCUAUAUAUGAAGUGGCUUCUAAUAGUGAUUUAUUUCUGGCUUUAUGUUCAUCUGUCUAAUGUACAAUGAAGUGCCAGCCUCAUGGCUUCGUCAGAGCCUUUUGUGUGUGUGUGGUCUGUAGAAGUCACACAUCUUCACCUGUACCUGAAAUCUUUCUCCCUCCCAGAUUCUGUCUCUGCAUGUUGCUUUCUCUCUGCCCCCUCCAAUCUUUCUUUUCUCCCCACCCCCCUCCUUUUCCACUCCAUGCACAAAAAAACCCACACACCCUGGAGUGAGUGUGAAGCAAUAUUUUUCAUGCUAUGUACAUAACUCGCACUUGUGAGGUUUUUGGAAUGAUUAGUUGUAGAGAACCAUAUACUUGAUGAUAACUCCUUUUUUGUGACAUCACUCAAUGCAUCCUAGCUUUUUUUGUUAUUUGGUGACUUCCUGUGGGUCACCCUGCUUUUAAUUCUGACCGCCCUGCACUGCGGCCUCAACCCCACACUGCUGCUUCUCUCCGGUCCUGCUCACUGAAGGAUUUAAGGUUGCUCAUUUGUUUGCCCCCCUAAAACGAUCAUACUGCUCAGUAUGGUGCAACUGUAAUCGGACAUCAGCAGGGCUAAGCACCGCUAAAACUUCUUUUUAAAAAGUUAGCAGGAAAGUGGCCAGCUUGAGAUCUCAUUGGCUUCCUGACCUCCUUGCGCUGUCGGGUUUUUGGAGCAAGGGGGUUGGGGGUGAAAUAUUGCAUUGGAGCGACCCCAGUAUGGCCGUGACAAGUUAGGUGGCUGGAGGGAAGGAGGGAGGCUGUCCUUGGCCAGCUGGCAGCAGCUGUGCAGUGAUUGUGAAAUUUCUUGGAGUCUUGUCCAGUUAGAUUGGUGGGCAUGGGGUGUGUGUGUCUUGAGUGGGGGUUGACAUACUAUUUCAGCUGUUUUCCUGCUUGGGUUACAAAUAACUUAGAAGUCAAUCUGCCCCCUCCCCCAAUUCCUCUAAAUUCUCAGACAGAGCAAGACUUUUCAGCUGGUCGAGCAAAUGAACAAAAAUCUGUGUGUGUGUGUGGGGGGGCUUUUUAACCUCUCAUAUGCUCAGGAGCACCCCUAGGUGCUGGUGUGGGGGGGAAUGAAACUGAUGGCUUGUUGCUGGCUGAGCUGACAGGAGAGAGCGGCCUCUUCCCUGGUGUUUGUGGCCAGUCUUCUGAGGAUGUAGCUGGAGGGCAUCCCUGGAAGUGCCCUGAUUCCCCUCCCCUCCCCCCUCCUUUGGGUGUAGGAUCUAAAACAAUCAAGAAGUGGCCUGUGGAGGGUGGGCCAGUUCUGGAUCUAGCCUGUUGGCCAGAUCCAGUUCCUCACCCUUUGCCCAGGCCACAGAGAGGCCCUUGUGAAUCAUCGCCCGCCCGGGGGUUGGGUUGGUCCAUUGUUUUGUUUAGAGAUUGAGCUCUGUGAUAGGGAUGCUUUAAUCUGACUUGGAGUGGCCUUCCCAGUCAUCUCUCUGGGCAUGUCUCCUGGGACAGUCCUCUCUUGCUGCAUGAGGUUUGUGUCCAGCUGGCGGAAAAGGCAGCGGCGGGCUGCUCUUCUCUCAGCGCUUUUUCUCUCUCUGCCAUUUCCUUGUGUUUGGAGAGGGAUUUGUUUUUCCUCUGGCCUUCUCUGCCCUCAGUGCAAACACAGGCCGUUCUUGUGCAUCUGGAAAGCUGCACCGUAACUGAUGAGGGAGAUUGGAGUCUUGGCUGGAUGUAGAGCGGAUGCAUGCCCACCCCGCACCCCCGCUUUAAGAGAGCCCUGCGCCCAUAACGGCUUUGAGACGACUUCCGAGUUAAGACCAGUGUUCCAGCUCAGCCUCUCCCAGGUAGGCUACAGAUACAUUGGGCGGCGGUCCUCUCAUUUCUUGGGAGUUGCAGGAGCCAGUGUGAGAAAAAGAGGGGCUUCUGUGUUGGAUUAAAAGUCACCUUUCAUAGCCACUGGGCUCCCGCUUCCGCUGAAUCAGUCUUGCCAUGAGCUGGCUUUGGGCUGGUAGCAAGGGUUGCUUCUUCCCGUGUCAUUUGGCCGCUUGCCUUUUGCCGGGGAGUAAUCCCAAGAUGCUCUAAAAGAAGCUGUGGGCACCCCUUUCUUUUUGGGUGCCCAAGGAUGAGGUUAAUGCGGUGUAGGGAGAGAAGGGAAGCAGGGCGAGAGGCAUUGUAAGAAACCGUUGCUUGAGUUCUGAGCAACUGCUGGAAGGAGAAUAAAUUGAGCUACUUGGCACCUCCCCAUGCUCCCUUUUUAAGAACGGCGGUUCCGCCGCAGCGUGCCUCCCUUCCAUGGGCAGCCCCGUGCAAGGCACUGAGGGCCCCCGCUUCCUGUAGUUGCACUCCCAUGCCUUCACGUGAGGUGAUCUUCUCCCCCCUCAACGCACGCACCACCCACAUCCACAAACACUCUUCUUGGGAGAGACUUGCCACCGCCCUGCACCCUAUUGCACCUGUUAGCAUCCUUGGGUAGGUGGAGCCUCCAGGCCUGGGGAAGAAAAAGCAGCUUCCAUGGGGCUUUCCCCCUUUGCCUGGAGGGUAGAAGCUGGGUUUCCUUGGGCAAGAGAACAGUGAAACAGUUAGAAAGCAGCCGAGCUGUGCCUGGGAGCCCUUUCAGUGGUGUCUAACGUCUGCGUCGUGCUUCUUUCAAAAUGUGCUCAGAGAAGUGGUUUCCGUGACACACUCCUCCCCGCUUCUUUUUCUCUCUCUUGCAGAGUAUCUUUAUCCACUCCGGCGUGUCGGAGUUCCUCUGAGGGAACAGGGAUGCUGGCACUGUGGUGGUUUGCACUCAGCAGCAGGAUCCAACCCCCUUGAGCUCUUAUCUCUCCCCUCCCCCAGUGUUGAGGCUCAGAUAGGGUAGCAAAGCAGAGGCCUUUCUGGCUCUUUACUGUUUUGAGGAGGGAAAUACAUAAACAAGCCCAUGCGAGUGUCUCUUGCUUUGGGGAUCCAGCAAGUACUGCGGCUUGGAAUAUGUGGCAGGUUGCUGGCAAGUUUCUGGAAAGGCAGUGAAGUCUCUACCUUGGCUUGCUUGCACAACCCCCCCAGGGCCAGUAAAUCCCUCUGCAGAUCACUGGAUGGCUUUGGGCUAUACUGCGGGUGGGGAAGGGGGUUUCAUUUGCCUCCUGGUGACUCUUCUGUUAAAAGUGCAAUUCCCUCUGUAAAUACUCAUUUGAUUUUUGUGCAUGGUUAUUAUGUAUUGUGGAUAUAUAAAGAUUGCCAAAACCAAAUGAUG